UCUCCCAUACAGGGAGCGGACCCGUACAGGGGGACGUCUCCAAUGUCCGCGGCCGCAGCGAGACCCUUCUCAGCAGACUAGUAGAGCAUUUUAGGCGUAUUACUGCCCUCCACGGGUUCUUAACGGGAUUUCCUCCUUUUGUCCUAUGGCCCACACUACAUUCUACAGUACAGUAUGUGGCGCUCUUAACCUUUACUAACAGUUAGUAGAAGAAGAAGAAGACAAAUCGCUGUUUUGCUUUUUGGCUUACCUUGCUAGUUAGCUUAGCUUGUUAGCUGCUAAAAAGUGUUGUGAUUGUGUGAAAAUGUGCGAAAGAACGAUAGCAGAGUACGAGGAGGAACUUUGUCCAACAAAAGAGGAGAAGGAGCGACAACAUCAACUACUGGACGCUGUUUUCAAGAAACAUCAAGUUGUGUUACACAUAACAGAUGUUCAGCAGCCUCCCCACAUUAAAAAGGAAGAGAAGGAAGUGUGCCUCAGUCAGGAGGGAGAGUGUCUUCUAGGGCGGCAGGAGGCUGAUCUCACUGUCGUUUCUGUGAAGACUGAAGACCAUGAAGACAAACCACCUCAGUCCUCACAGCUUCAUCACAGUCCAACCAUUACAUCAGAAUGUGGUGGACCACUUGAAUGCUCAGAUCAAAGGGAGUCGUACAGCACCCAGCAGGCUUUGGACUUAAUCCUGAACCAAGUGAACCCUUGUGACUCCGAUGGAGAAGACAUAGCCCUUCAGCUGAGUUCAGACUCUGAAAUUUCUUCUGAUGAGGAGACUUUACCGCCACCAGAAAAGAGAGGUCGACUGGAGACAAACACUUGGCCAACAGAAAAAGCAAAAGACGGCACAGUGUGGUGUGAAGAACAGGUCGGGAGGCCUCUCCCUCACAGCCCAAUUGAAUCUUUCGCCACAGAUGGAGAGCCAUCUGCUUUGGUCCGAAAAACGGUGUCGAGUCGCUUACAGAGCUUCCUCUGUUUAGUCACUCCUGACAUGCUUCGAACCAUUCAGGAGUGUACUGUUCAGCAUGGACGCCAUACACAGCAUGGAAAUUGGUUCAUCGACCUUCCUGAACUAAUGGCGUUUAUUGCUGUCCUCAUCCUGCGCGGGGUGAUCAGACUUCCAUCGUUGCAAGACGCAUGGUCAGCAAAGCUGGGACACUCACUGAUCAUCGGCAUUAUGGCCCGAAACCGCUUCCAAGACAUCAUGCGACACCUACGCUUCGAUGACAAGGACACGCGCAGUGUAAGAGUUGGAACUGACAGGUUUGCUGCAAUCUCCGAUGUUUGGGGGUCCUUUGUUGCCAACUGCAUCACAUCCUACACACCAGGCAGGAACAUCACCAUUGGCGAGCAACUUUUUCAAACUAAGACCCGCUGCUGUUUCCUGCAGUACAUUGCAGCGAAACCUGACAAGAUUGGCAUCAAGUUCUGGGUGGCAUGUGACUCGAAAUCCAAGUAUGUGUGCAAUAUCAUCCCAUAUCUUGGCAAAGACCCCAGUUGUCCUAGGGGGGAUAGACUGUCAGAAAAUGUGGCGAUGAAGCUCAUGGAACCAUUCAUGGACAAAGGAAGAACGGUUACCACAGACAACGUCUUCACAUCUUUGUCACUUGCGCAACGACUGCUCAGCCGGAAGACAACCCUCCUCGGCACAGUCAACAAGAUUCGCCGGGAGCUUCCAGAAUCAGCGAAAGAGACUCUUGGCCGCAAGGAAUUCAGCACUCGAGUGUUUUCAACUUCUAGUGCCACACUGACGGUUUAUGCGCCAAAACGGAGGAAGACCGUCUGCAUCCUCAGCAGCAUGCACAGAGUGGUGGAGACUCGGCACACCCGGAAAAAAAAGCCAAACACACUCUCCGACUUCAACAGCAGGAAGGGCGGUGUGGAGGUGAUGGACCAGAUGGUGCGAGAGUACACUGUGCGCUCAGGAACACGGCGAUGGCCAGUCGCUGUGUUUUACAACAUGAUUGACAUUGCGGUGCUGAAUGCAUACGUGCUUUACCAGGCAUGUACUGGGGUCAAGGAGAGACGGCUGGACUUCCUGGUGGAGCUAGCAAGCGAGCUUGCUGAGUCAUUUGUGGGAGUCAAAAAGGCGAAUAAGGGCAACCUUCUUCGGCAACAACCUCCCACGCCUGGCCAAGGGAAAAGGGCAAUGUGCCAGGUGAACUGUCGGUGCAAGAACAAUCACGCCACUGUGCGCUGUGUUGAUUGCUACAAGUACACAUGUGGCAAAUGCAGAAAGGAGAUGGAGUGGCAGUGCCAAGUCUGUUCAGACAAUGUCGAGGGUUGAAGCGCUGACACACCCGUCAAACACAAACAAGGACAAGCCACCAUCUCGACACGUGAGAAUUUUGGAGCCGAAAUGCAUUGGGUGUUAUUCUUUAUUACUUGAUCAGCAUACUGCACAAAUGUGUGUCUUUGUAUAUUUCAUUGAAGUCAUUUAGGGAAUUCUAUCCUUUAGUGACAGGUGACUGAACCACGAGACCAGGGAGAAGGACAAAACAGAUUCUAUAAAAGCAUGGUAAAACAUGAUCAUGAUGGUCUUGUCAACAUUAAAAUGAUCAAAUUUCAGUUGUUCAUCUUAUCAGUGGCCUAGUGGUUAGAGUGUCCACCCUGAGAUCGGUAGGUGGUGAGUAGAGAUGUCCGAUAAUGGCUUUUUUGCCGAUAUCCGAUAUUCCGAUAUUGUCCAACUCUUAAUUACCGAUUCCGAUAUCAACCGAUACCCAUACAUACAGUCGUGAAAUGAACACAUUAUUAUGCCUAAUUUUGUUGUGAUGCCCCGCUGGAUGCAUUAAACAAUGUAACAAGGUUUUCCAAAAUAAAUCAACUCAAGUUAUGGAAAAAAAUGCCA